ACCUGCAGAAGCGAGUUCAAAGUAGUCACCUACUCAACGCAGGAGGCUGAGCUGGAUCUCUUAGUACUCUAGUUCUCUCCCCUCACUGGGUCCAGAGACCAACAGGCUCGUGUCACACAACUGGCAGCGAACUGGGUGGCACCACCAAGGCCUCUGAGGUUUGUCCUGUCUUACAGAGAAAGCAGGGAAACCUCAGCUCGCAGCGCAGGAAAGGGCGGGGUAUCACAUUCCAGGAGGCAUCUAGCUCCGGUCCCUACCGGCAGUAAGAGGAUCUAGUGCCCAUAAAACGGCCACAUACUUCGGUGGUCCAUUUCUCGGGACAUCUGAGUUACCCAAACUUCUCAUCUCCGACCUGACUCACACUAGACCAAACCUCAAGAGCGGUUCACUUAGAGGCUUCUGAUCCUAACAGCCAUUGCACACACGGUCCCCGAAACAAGCCUUGCAGGGACCAAGAACGAUGCGGUAAAGGAACACGCUUAGCCCGAAUUAGACCGGUCUCUCCUCUAAAGAGCACAAGCUGAGCUUGGGCGACGCGGCCUUUCACCUUCCCGUCGGUCCUGGCGUAGCGCCUGCCAUGUCCGGGGUAAAUCUUGUACCCACUGAAACUGCACAGCUCGACCCUGUAACAAAAAGCGAAAGCCCAUUAGGGAGGGUGUCUGCGGCAAGGAGAAGCCAAGCCCAGGCCGCGGGCGAGGUGCUGUGCCCGAAGAUGGAAGCGGAUUGGGGACUAGGGCUCUUGCUCACUUCAUAGCGCCGGCAGCCGAGAAGAAGGAAAGAUGGUGAAGAGAAAGAGAGGAUCAUGGGAAGAAGCCUUAUAAGGCAGUAGGGCAAUCUCCUCCCCCAAUUCCCCUCUCUAACCCCGGCGCUCGGUGAUGACGUCUAUCACGGCGGCCUCCUUCCUCUGGAGGAGGAGCCAGUUCUGGGAGCGAGAGAAAAGUUGACUGUAGUUUAGGCAGGCGAAUGGUUGUUUUCUGAGUCCUUCUUGCUCCCGCGGUCAAGUGUCCUAGAGCCAUCGUCCUGCUGCACAGAAUGUGAACUCUAUGUAGUUUAGUGACCUACAGACAAUACCCACAGACGCAGGCAGCCAAUUGGGCCGUCCGGUUGCCGUGCAUCCUGGGAGCUGUAGUUUCCGGCUCCCUCCUCCUGGCUCCAAACUCCACCGAGCAGCUGGAGGACGGUUGCUUGGUAUUAUUAGCAAGCGAGAAGUAUGGCGGUGGCGCGCGUCGACCCGGCUUUGCCUCCUGGAGAAGGAUCAGUGGUCAACUGGUCAGGACAGGGGCUACAGAAAUUAAGUCCAGACUUACCCUGUGAAGCUGAUAUUCAUACUUUGAUUCUGGAUAAAAAUCAGAUUAUUAAAUUGGAAAAUCUUGAGAAAUGCCGACAAUUAAUACAAUUGUCAGUGGCUAAUAAUCGGCUGGUGCGAAUGAUGGGUGUGGCCAAACUGACCCAACUCCGGGUGUUGAAUUUGCCUCAUAACAGCAUUGGCUAUGUGGAAGGGCUGAAGGAUCUAGUACAUUUGGAAUGGCUGAAUUUGGCAGGAAAUAAUCUCAAGGUCAUGGAACAAAUCAGUAGCUGUGCAGCUCUACAGCACCUUGAUUUAUCAGACAAUAACAUACCCCAGAUAGGUGAUCUAUCUAAAUUGGUAUCACUGAAGACCCUGCUUUUACAUGGAAACAUCAUCACCUCUCUUAGAAUGGCACCUGCUUAUCUACCCAGAAGUCUUGCUAUACUUUCCUUGGCAGAAAAUGAAAUUCGGGACUUAAAUGAGAUCUCUUUUUUGGCAUCCUUAACUGAACUGGAACAGUUAUCGAUCAUGAACAAUCCUUGUGUGAUGGCAACACCGUCCAUUCCAGGGUUUGACUAUCGGCCAUACAUUGUCAGCUGGUGCUUAAACCUCAGAGUCCUAGAUGGAUACGUGAUUUCUCAGAAGGAAAGUUUGAAAGCUGAAUGGCUCUAUAGUCAAGGCAAGGGGAGAGCAUAUCGGCCAGGCCAGCAUAUCCAGCUUGUGCAGUAUCUGGCUACAGUCUGUCCUCUCACUUCCACACUGGGUCUUCAGACUGCAGAGGAUGCCAAACUAGAGAAGAUUCUGAGCAAACAGAGGUUUCAUCAGAGACAGUUGAUGAACCAAAGCCAAAGUGAAGAGCUAGCUCCUCUUGCUCCUACUGAAACAAGAGCACCCCUUAUACCUGAGCAUUCAAGCCCUGUUCAAGAUGGCCAGAUAGUCCAGGAAAGCGAACCCGUCAUCCAAGUCAAUUCUUGGGUUGGGAUUAACAGUAAUGGUGAUCAAUUAUAUGCUAUUAAGAGUAACUUUCCAGCCUCUGUACACACUACAAGAUAUUCUCGAAAUGACCUGCACUUGGAAGACAUACAAACAGAUGAGGACAAGUUAAACUGUAGUCUUCUCUCUUCAGAGUCUACUUUUAUGCCAGUUACAUCAGGACUCUCUCCAGUGUCACCUACAGUUGAGCUGAGGCUACAAGGCAUUAACCUGGGCCUAGAAGAUUAUGGUCUUGCAGAUGAAUCUGUGAAAGGGCUGGAAAACCAGGACUUUAAUAAGGAAGAUGAAAAGGCUUUUUGGACUGCAAAUGAGAAUUCCGUUCAAAUGAAGGAAAGUGUCAUCAGUACAGAGGUAAAUGAGAAAGAUGGGCUAUUACCUUGUCUGGAGCCAACAGUAACUAGUGCUGUCUUGAAGGAUGACACCCAUAGUCUUACAUCUUUUCCUGAGUCAGUUGGACACAGUGUCUUCCAUACACAGCCAGACAGUGAAGAAACCAUGUCUCAGUCAGCUUCGGAGAAACUUCCCUGUGGGAUUUUAACCCAGAGAUCUGUUGCUCUGGGACAAGAUAAAGUUGCCCUUCAGAAAUUGAAUGAAGCAGCCACCAAACUUCAGGCCUAUUGGCGGGGCUUUUAUGCCAGGAACUACAACCCCCAAGCUAAAGAUGUGCGUCAUGAAAUUCGACUGCGCAGAAUGCAGGAACACAUUGUUUGCUUAACUGAUGAAAUAAGGAGAUUAAGAAAAGAAAGAGAUGAAGAACGUAUUAAAAAAUACGUACAAGAAGAGGCUGUCAGAUUCCUUUGGAACCAGGUAAGGUCUCUGCAAUCUUGGCAACAGAUGGUGGAUCAGCAUCUAAGUUCCUGGCAUACUGAUGUUCCUCCUAUAUCAAGUACUCUAGUACCCUCUAAACCUCCAUUAUUCACCCAAAGUCAGGAGUCCUCUUCUGAUCAAAAUUCUGAUUGGCUCAUUGCUCCUGAUGAGGCUCCUCAAGAGAAAUCCUUACCAGAAUUUCCAGACUCAGGUUUUCAUUCUUCCCUAACAGACCACGUUCACUGUUUGCAGCAUUCUUUGGAUUUUGAAAAAAGUUCCACAGAAGGCAGUGAAAGUUCCAUAAUGGGGAAUUCCAUUGACACAGUCAGAUAUGGCAAAGAGUCAGAUGUAGGGGAUGUCAGCGAUGAGCACGGUGAAUGGAAUAAGGAAAGCUUAAACAAUGAGCAGGAUAAUAGUCUGCUUGAGCAGUAUUUAACUUCAGUGCAACAGCUAGAAGAUGCUGAUGAGAGGACAAAUUUUGAUGAAGGGACAGGAGAUAGUAAGCUUCACAUAGCUCCUUCCCCUGAAAAGUUAGAUGCCUUGUCUGAUGGGGCUUCUGUAGAUGAUACUCACGGCAUAUCUCCUACUUUGCAAGAUGAAAUCAGCCAGGCACCAGAAAAUUGUAAAUUAAAUGCUGAUGUUCAAGGGCAACAGUCAGACUGCGAUUCUACAUUUCAGGUAUUGCAUGUUGGUAUUACUGUGUAGCAUGUCUGGUUGCUUGGGAAGCAGAAAUCUACUUAACAAUUUCAGUUGCCCUUUUUUUUUUUUUUGGUGAAGGGGAAUAUCACCCCCAUUUUUGUUACUAUUUAUAUAGACUUUGUAUUCUUGUCUCUUGUUUUCAAUAUUUUAGAGACUGGGCUGAAUCUUCAUUUUGAUUUUAUUAGCUAUUCGCUGUAAUCUAUCAAACAAUAUUUAUAUUGAAAGCUAUAUGCACUUUAUUUCCUAACAACUGAAUUGCAUCAACAGUGUUGUUUUUUAAUGUACUCAUUUCCUUUCAAAAAUAAACUAGAAUAUCUUUCAAGAAAAUAGAGGAGUUUACCUUAAACAUAUAAAUAAGAGAAGUUAGACUUUUCUGUAUAUCAGGAAAUUAAUUAUGAAGUAAGGAAUGUGACUUGUUAAAGUGAGUGUAAAUGACAAAUAUGAAAGACUGUGAACUAUAGAAAUUUUCCAGCCUCCUUGGAAUAAGAACAUAUAUUUUUAAGCCUUUACCACCCCCUUACGAGUUAAGAAAAGCCUUCUUAUAAGCAAAUAGGGAGAAAGGGUAAGAUUAUAGGAUUUUUCAGAGGAAAUGAAUAUAAUUGUCUCAUGGAAAACUUUAGUUAAUGUCAUGUGUCAGUUUUAACAUAUGAAGCAGUGUUCAUCUGGAAUUAAAAUCAAGCUUACUUAAAGAGGCAUGACUAGAAUAUUUUUCUUAGAUGUGAAGAAAGCAGAUGCUAGGCUCCAUUUGCUUGGAAUAAUGUCACAGCAGACAUUAUCUUUUCAUUCAGUGCUUUUUUACCCUAUAGAUAAGCAUUUAUGUGCCAACUUCCUUGCCAGAAAUUAACAUAUGUUCUUCUUCUCUGACCCUGCAUUAUAUUUGCUUAUGUAUUUCAGCAGAAGGUCCAUGGCCAUUUACUUCAUUUUUUGACCUCUGUUUCACAGUGAAGAACAUUUAAAAUAAUAUUAGUGGUAGAAUAUGACUUUUUAAAAGGACUAUUUUCUGUCCAGCUCUCUGAAAAAGUGCCACAUUUGGAAGACAAUUUAAUGGUGGUUAAGAAAAAAUAAACCUCACUUAUUUCUUAUUAAGAAGAAUACAUAUCUGUAACUUCAGGAAGAAAUGAUAAUAUUGUGUUGAAGGUUAUAGAUGGAUGCAUUUGCAAAUCAAGGAAGCUUGAUAAAUUAAUCUUUGAGAAUGUUGUAGUAUCCUUGAACAACAUAUAUCUGAUUUCCCCUGAUCUUUGGACAUACAACUAUUUAAAACUGUGGCAAUACUUAAGUGUUCUAAAUUUAGGUGCUAAAUAUCUGUUCAUUUUUCUGUUACAGUCACUAGAU